AUGGUGCGAAAACCUAUUUUUAUUUUUUUAAUUAAUUUGUUUUUUAUUUAUUAUAUCAAUGGGCUAUCUAUAUCUGGGUAUCUUCAAGAGGAUAGUACAUUUUAUUUAUAUGGGGAUUUUGCUGGUAACUCACCUUUAACUCUAAAAGUUUAUAUGGGCCCUAUAGAAUACAAUGAUAAAGAUAUUACUCUAUCUGGUGAUGCGAAAACCAUUUCUUUUAUUUUAAAAGAAGGUUCCAAGAAUAAAGAUUUAAUAUUAUAUGACAUAUUUGGUAAUACUGAAUAUAACGAGGUUGUUUUAAAGCCAAAGAUUACUCAAGUUACUCCAUCUCCUCUUCCUACUUGGUCAACUACGUCACUACAAAUUUAUGGUACUUAUAUUGAUGCUGCAACAGGCCCAAGCAAUAUAGUAGUUUAUCAAGACGAAAAACCAAUUGAUUUUUCAGCUGCAUCAAACAUCUUAACGGUGACUCCCAAUCAAGGCGCAGGCAGAUCAAUAUUUACAGUAAUGGUUGAUGGUAAAAAAUCUGAUGGAUUUUAUGCAUAUUAUGUUGCACACACUAUAACCCUCAUAACAAAUCCAAUAUAUUCAUCUUUAGACUAUUUAACAAUUACUGGUAAUAACUUUUCACCCAACUCAAAAAUUGACACUAAAAUAAAAUUUGGAAAUAAUUAUUGUUCAGAGAUUAUCAGCUUUAGCAUCACCACAUUAGAGGCUAAAUGUGAUAAUAGUGUUCCAUACACAGGAAAUAUUAUUGUAGAAGUUAAUAUAAAUGGUGUUCCUGUAAGUGGUACCACAUUCUAUGCACCAAUAAGCGCAAGCUCUACUGCAGUUCUACUAGAUGGCUCAAUAGAGCUCUCAAUUAGAAACUAUUCUCCAGGAACAACAUUCAAACUAAGUGGUAUCGAUGUCACCUCUUAUUGCAUCCUUACUAAAAAAAAUGGGACUGUUUCUGAUUUUUCCUGCGAUAUUCCAAAUAAUGUAAAAAUAAAUAGUGGUCCUGUAGAAUAUCAAGAUGCAUUGGGAAUAAGAGCAAUUUCUACUAUUGAUCUAAUUCCCUACCCAACUUCAUUCGAACCAAAUUUAGAUUAUAAAUUCCCAACACAAGGUCAAAAAUUAACUAUAUUUGGAAAAUACCUCAAUAAGGAUGAUUCACAAGGUUCCUCAAAUGAAGUUAAAGUUCACUACGGUAGUAAUACUUAUGAUUCAAACAAUAUAGAAUUUAUUGAUGCAAAUACAUUCAAAUUUCAAAUACCAAGUGGUAGUGGGAAUACAAACCCUUUGUUUUUUACAUCACACUCAUUUACAAAUGCACUAAAGUCAUUUAACAUCAUCUAUAAAAACCCCUCAAUUUACUCAUCGAAUAUUAACAACAAUAUAGUUACUUUAAAUGGUAAUGAUUUUGGUGAUGAUAAAGGUUUAAUAACUAUAUGGUAUAAUGAUAAUAAAAUACCCACAGAUUCUAUUCAAUUAACUGUUCCCCAUCAACAAAUCCAGUUUUCAUCCUCUUCCAGCCCUAGAUUAUUCAAUAUUACUGUGAAUGGUUUAUCAUCACCAGACUAUAUUCAACCCAAAGUAAUAAGUUCAAGCUCAUUAUUCCCAAAUAACCCUGGUAAUAUCACAAUCACUGCUAGCGACUUCCAACAAAACGAUUUAAAGGUAUAUGUAUCUAAUAUAGAAUGUUUGAACCCCUAUGCACCUGACUUAACAACAAUUAUUUGCCACUAUGAUGCCUCUGUUAAACCAGAUCAAUUUGGACGUGCGUUAAACAUAUCUAUAACAUCAGUUGGGUUAACAGGAACAAAUGAAGUAUUCUAUUACUAUGAUACAAAUAUUGAAUGUCCAUUCAAAUGUUCUAACCAUGGUGCAUGUAAUAAUAAAACUGGUGAAUGCUUGUGUAAUGAUGGAUGGAAAGGUCUAUAUUGUCAAGAAGCAAGUGGAUCUGUUCAACUACCACCACCAAUUAUAGAUGAAAAUGGUAAUACAAUUAUAAUAGGUGGUUCUUUAAAUUUUACUGUUUCAAUAUUAUAUUUAAGAGAAAAUAAUAUUUUAGGUGAACAAGUUAGAUAUUUAUCAUUUUCUAAAGAUUUAACAUGGGAUAAUAGAACUAAAAUAAAUGAAACAAAACAUUAUUAUAAAGGCAAAUUUAUUGACAAUGGACCAACAGUCGAAUUAGAUGUAAACUAUUAUAAAGAAGAAACACUUUUCAACUUUGCUGGUGAAGAAAUAACAAUUCCAUCAAACUCUAUGAAAUAUGUAAUUAGUAUCUCAAACUACCAGUUUGACUCUACAACAAAUACCCUCGAAGUUAUCUAUAGCUCUAAAACCAAACUACAUUCAAGUAAUGAUUGUAAAUCAAUUAAAACCAAUGACGAAUACUACUCAUCAAACAAUGAUACCCAAGAAGAAUCGAUUAAUUGGUUUCAAGUAAACUCUGCAGAUACAAGUUUUCAAACAAAAUUUUCAAAAAGAGUUUUUGUUGAUGAUAAGGUUAGAAAAUCAACAACGAAAAUACUAAACUAUAACGAUCCAAUAUAUAGCGAUUUUAAUAAAACAAAUAAUAUUCAAGAUAAUGACGAAAAUGACUAUAACAAACUCAUAUCUAUUGGAAUGCCAUACUUUUCAAAUAAGGUAUCAAUGGAUCCCAGUUUUAGUGCCCUAUUAAGAUCACCAACAGAUAGUUGUAAUAAGAAAAAUUGGAAAUUACCUUUAAUUUUAACUUUAUGUAUAGUAGGUGGUGCAAUUAUUGUAAUAAUAACAGCCAUUGUAAUAAAAAGAAAUAGAUCAAAACUUUUAGAAAAAAAUUUUAUAAUCAAACUAAGAAGAUUAAGAUAUAAAUAA